GUUGAGCCUGCCGCCGCUACCUUGGCUACCAGACUCCUCAGGUAGCGGUCGGGCUACGGAGGCCGGGUGGCCGCACGACGAUAAAUACAUUUCUAUAGCUGAAACCCAGAAUUGGAGUAUGCACCAUUUUUGGAUACCAUCCAAAAGCUCAGCAGAACAAAAGUGGAAUGGAAGAAAGAAAAAGAAAAGUCUAGUCAGAACACCCAGCUCCAGAAGGUUUAGAAGGGCUAGGCGAAGACAGAAAGAAACUUAGGAAGUUUGGUGGUAGAACCGUGGUCCCUUCUCCAUACCCUUUCCCAAGCCAACCCUGGUGGAAGCCAAUUCCCUGGUUUUACAGGAGAGUGUUUAAGAAACUCAUAGAGUAAUAUGAGUCAGAGCAAUACAGGAACUGCAGGAAGUCCCUCCAGAGAAUUGGCUGAAGAAAAGAAGAAUAUUUAGAUUUCAAGUUCUUCUUCUAUGUGGCUAUUAAACCCAAGGCACUGUGGUGAAAGCAUGAAUAAAAAUACUUCUGCUGCAGUAUCAUCCUGUCUACUUGAAAAGGAUCCCUCCUUUCAGAUGAUUACAGUUUCCAAGGAAACAGGCCUGGGUCUGAAGGUCCUAGGAGGAAUCAACAGGAAUGAAGGACCACUGGUGUAUAUUGACGAAAUCAUUCCUGGAGGAGACUGUUAUAAGGAUGGACGUUUGAAGCCAGGAGAUCAACUUGUCUCAGUAAACAAGGAAUCUAUGAUUGGUGUAUCAUUGGAAGAAGCGAAAAACAUAAUUACCAGAGCCAAGUUGAGGUCUGAAUCGGCUUGGGAGAUAGCAUUCAUAAGGCAAAAAUCUGAUUGUUGUCAUCCAGGAAAUCCUUCCUGCCCAUCCCUAUUGCAAGGUUCAGGAGAAUAUGGACCCCAGACCUCAACAUUUAGCCUUCUUUCUCCGCCCCCUAAAAUUCUAAUUCCACAGACGUCAUCCACUCCCAAGACUCAGGGAGCCAGUGUGCCACCUUCUAAAGCAAGUCAGACAAAACCUGGACACAAGAAAACAGAAUAUACUCCAUUUAUUUCUUCAGAAAACAGCCCUACAGAUCCAUCUAAUUCAGAUACUGCUCCUGCCUGGGCCGAUAAUGAUGGACCUCAAGAAAAGAAGAUUUCCCUAAAUCCCUCUGCUCGCCUUAAGGCAGAGAAGCUGGAAAUGGCUCUAAAUUAUCUCGGCAUCCAACCCACAGAGGCACAGCAUCAGGCCCUGAGACAGCAGGUGCAGGCCGACUCUACGGGGACAGUAUCUUUUGGAGAUUUUGUCCAGGUUGCCAGAAAUUUGUUUUGCUUGCAACUGGAUGAAGUAAAUGUCGGUGCACAGGAAAUUUCCAACAUAUUAGAUUCACAGCUUCUUUCCUGUGACUCUUCACAAGCAGAGGAAAUGGAAAAACUUAGACGAGAAAGAAAUGAUGCCUUGGAAGAAGUGAAUAUGCUUAAGGAAAAAUUACUGGAAUCUGAGAGACAUAGGAAAAAACUUACAGAAGAGCUCCAGAACGUGCAACAAGAAGCCAAAGCUGUUGCCGAAGAAACAAGAGCUCUGCGAAGUCGCAUCCAUCUCGCAGAAGCUGCGCAGAGGCAGGCCCACGGGAUGGAAAUGGACUAUGAGGAGCUGAUCCGGCUGCUGGAGGCUGAGAUUGCCGAGCUCAAGGCUCAGCUUGCCGAUUAUUCUGACCAAAAUAAAGAAAGUGUUCAGGAUUUAAGAAAGAGAAUCACAGUACUGGACUGCCAAUUGAGAAAAUCAGAAAUAGCUCGCAAAACUUUUGAGGCAUCAACUGAAAAGCUCCUUCAGUUUGUAGAGACUAUUCAAGAAGUACUUGCUGAUAAUUCUGCUUCUUUAUCAAAUAUAAGUGAGAGAAGAGCUCUGCUUGCCUCGCAGACCUCCCUCCCGAUCCUGGGAAGGAAUUCACGUAGCAUCCCGGCAGUCCUGGCCCUGGAGUCUAAGGAACUUGUUAAAUCUGUCCGUGCCAUGCUUGAUGUUGAUUGCUUACCUUAUGGGUGGGAGGAAGCUUACACAGCAGACGGAAUCAAGUACUUUAUCAAUCACGUCACACAGACCACAUCCUGGACCCAUCCUGUGAUGAGUGUUCUGAACCUGCCCUGCUCUGAGGAGAAUGAAGAGGACUGCUCCCGAGAGCUGCCUGACCAGAGAAGCUGAUGGCUUUCCAUAGGAAGUGGAACUCUUUGAUCUUCUGGCCUCUCUGUCUGUGCAUGACUGGACAUGUGACACUCCACUCAGACCCAGCUGCCAGAAACAGGAAGGCAACACAGGCUCUGGGCAGGGUCUGAAAUAGGAACUAUGAAUGUAGGAUAUUUCUGUAAAACUAUUUCAUAUUAUUGUGUGCUUUUAAAAUAUCAAUAGACACUACAUUAAUUCUU